GACCUUUUACACAUUUAUUAGUGUACUAACGUAACAUAAAUACCAACAUAUUGCUUACUGCUACAGUGUAAUCGAGACCUCGUUUUUUCGCACAAGGCCAAUUUUUGCCAAAUACACACCACCACAAAUCCACAAGUACCAAAGGUAGAAUCAUUUAUGAUAGCCAGCCUGCAAGAUGUUAUACACCAGCAGCAACGAUUCAUUUCAGUGCUAGUAAGGUACCUGACUAGGCCAUUGAGAGUGUCGUGUCGAUUGUCAACAAGAAAAACAGCCUAGGUAUCAUCAAAGCAUACAUUUUGGCCUUAAAAGCACUCUGAGGCUACUAUACUAGGUAACCAGAAUCUCUCUCUCAAAAAAAAAAGAGUCAUCAUUCAAAACUACCGUCUUCAACUCAAGAAAAGUGCAAUUUUAUUGCAGUUUCGAUUUCAAGAAGGCCCCGCGACUCUGUUAAAGUCUAUUUCUGGAAAAUUGGAAGAAACAUUGUUAGGUCCCGGGGACGGCGCGUUUUUGAGUAUAUUCAAGCGGCAACUAGUGAAGGUGCAGGAUAUCCUCCUCAGACCAAAAGUCCUGCAAUUAAACUUCCGCAACAUACUGAUGACAUACCAGUGGUACUUGGCAUCCAUCGAAAUGUCUCUCCCUUUCCUACAGACAUUCCCACGAGAGAUCCGCGACUUAAUUUACACUUUUGUUCUCGCAGAUCCGAAUGGUAUCAUUACUCUCUCACCAUGGUCUAUCGAAGUUGCGCAGUCCUUUUCCAUACUUCGAACAUGUAAACAAAUACACAGAGAAUGCAAAGAAAUAAUUUGGGAGCACAAGGGACUGAAACUGCGGGAGCUUCCUGUCUUAAAAUCCAAGCUCGAAAAGAGGAUUGCGAUACUUGGCGAAGCAGCGCGAUGGCAUAUACUCAUACAAUUGGAGGUAUUAGAUUGGGACGAAUUAGAAUGGGUUGAGCGUAGUCUGGCAGCAGUGGCAGGGUCUCUACAUAAAUUGCAUGGUAUUACAAUAAAAGCGAGCAAAGAGCGACCACAGACGGUCGAGGAAUAUGAGGAUAUUCUUGACCUAAGGGAAAAUGGAGAAAUAGUCGAUGGAAGGUUAUACCAAGAGUAUCCUGGAAAUGCUUCGACAGACAAAGGAUAUCGGACUUGGAUGAUAAACACUAGUUGGCCUCGACUGUCUCCUUGGGCUAAGAGGAAAUGGUUGGCAGAAAUGCUAAUUGACUCGACAGAUACAGGCAAGCUAUUACACAGGAUUCAUGACAAAUUUGGCGGGCAAUUAUAUAUUGAUGGGGUGUUAUGUUUGAAAGAUGGAAAACAAAUUUUGAAGGGUCUGAAGCUUGAUUCAAGAGAUGGAGAACUCAAAAUUAUUCCCAGACACAGGUAGGAAAUUGUUGAAGGGAUUGAAGACGCUUGCAUGUUUCUGGGGGGGAGGGGGGUGAUGAAAUCGAAUUCUGUAGGAAUUAUUUGCGGUUUCACAGUUUCUAGCACAUUCAAAACUAGUCCGAACUUGGGCUAUCAGACUAAUUUUCAAAACUCGGAGUUUGAUUCAAUCGUUCGAAUCAGAUGUUGUGUAGCAUCCGAAGAUCGUAAUACUGGGUUCUCAUAUUAUGAUGAUCAAUUCAUGAACUCGUUCACCCGCUCA